AUGGUUGACGGAGCGUAUCUGAGUAUACAGCGCUCGGGCGAACCUCAAUCAAGAGGUCCUCGUAACUGGUUGAACAGGGUAUGCCUAGGUAUACAGCCGUCGGGCGAGAAACUCGUGAAAAGAAACCCUAUUGUCGAGGUGAGACUUGCACUGAGCUUUAUCGGUGGUAGUUUUAUGUCAUUCCGGACGAAGACCGAGACUAUCGAACGAUGUGGUAGAAUUCUUGAAACCGUGCAGUCGAGAUUGUUGAGUGUCCUGAAUGGAAAUGAAAACUUACGUCGAUGUGAAACAUUGCUCUUCAAGUUGAUGUUUGAAGGUGACAUUGGAAAUCCCGAAGGCAUGCAAAUCAAUGUCAAGCAAGCAGAAAACACAAGAACCCGACAAAGACCACACCUGCCACAUCAGUGGAUGAAACAGCAGGUAGCUGGAGACGACGACAAUCCAUUGUGCGAAGCCAUGUCGGUGAUUGAGGAGUAUAAUACCAGCUUGUGUGGAUGCCGUGCUCAAAUGAGUGAGGUAGCUAUCGAGUCUCGUUGGCUUGGCGGCAGCAUCAUGUCGUUGGAUAGAAGAUGCGGAUACAAUCUCUGUGUAACUUCACGGUCCUGA